UAUUUUGUUUUGAGUUUUGAUUUUGAGUUUUGACGUCGAAACGAAAAAGUGGAAAGUUGGCUCGAAUGCAACAAAAGAUUUUACAAUUAGAUUUUCGAUAUUUUUUGCCUGAAAUUCCGUAAAUAAUGGACUUUGUUUAUGUUGGCGGGGAUCCAAUAGUCCAGCCAGAUGAUAUCCUAUCCAUAUCAAAUGUUUAUGAUGACCCAAAUGGCACUGGACACUAUUCCCCGAGCUUUGGUGGAUUCAAUGUGGUCUCCUCGGACGUUGAUUACGUGGAACUGGUUCCCAUAUUGGCUGAUGGCGGUGAAAACUUUGGAGUCUCAGCAAUUGCAUUCGAUGACUAUGAGGAAUUGGUUUGGAUGGGAAAUCAAGGGGGACACGUAACAUCUUACUAUGGCGGUAGCUUGCAAAAGUAUACAUCGUUUCAAGUGCAUGCCACUGAUAUUGUACGGCAAAUUACAACUAAUGAUUCUGGUAUCUUGGCACUAACCCAAACAUCACUGCGUCAUCAGAUUCGACGAGGUAUUCCAAAGUUUACACACAGAUCUAAACACAUGACAGAGAUGGUGUGUAUGCAACAAAUGUCUCCACAUAGACUUGUCAUGGCCGGUUUACAAGAUGAGAUGAUUGAUCUUGAUUUGAUAACAUUGAAGGAAACUAAGUUGCAACAUGUUGGAACAGCGGGCUGCACUGUGCUUCGAAAGAAUUCUCGUUAUCUAUUCGCUGGCGAUCCAUUCGGUACGGUUACGCUUCGCGAUAUCAAUUCCCUGAAUGUUGAGCAUACAAUCAAGACUCACGCUGGAAGUCUCUCGGACUUCGAUGUACAAGGCAAUUAUUUGAUUUCUUGUGGAUUUAGUGGCCGUCAGGGAACAUUAUCUGUCGAUCGGUUCCUGAUGGUUUUUGAUCUAAGAAUGCUUCGUUUAGUUUCACCAAUUCAAGUUCUUAUUGAACCGCAAUUGUUGAAAUUCCUGCCAUCGCAGAGUUCUCGACUAGCUGUUGUAUCUUCGUACGGACAGGUUCAAUUGGUGGACACAGUUGAAUUGAGUGAGCCCAAGGUGUGUAUGUACCAAGUGAACACAUCCGGCAGCCAAUGUCUAUCAUUCGACAUCAGUUCAUCAUCGCAAGCAAUGUCGUUUGGGGAUCAAUCUGGGCACAUUAGCAUACUUGCAUCGGUCAACAGUCCGCAACCACAGUUCAAUGCAUUUUCUCGCGACACCGAGUUUGCUGAUCCAGUUGCCCAGCUUCCCAUGGUUCCCAUAACCGAUACGAAUUUCCCUCUGUCUUCAAUUGUUUUGCCCCAUUUGGUUACUGGCACAAGGUGGUUCAGUGAUUGGCCUGAGGAAUUGCUACGUUAUCAAUAUCGCCGGCCAAAGCCCAUAGACCAGGAUAUUUUGGCAACAAUGAAAAUGCAAGGACCCAUUGGUUAUUCCCCAAAUCCUCGACUAGUAAGACGCAACCAAAUACCAUACGUGAUGGAAAUUAACGGCGGAAACUCAACUAAUGGAAAUGGCAUUCAAAAUUCGAACAAGACAACCGAAAAUGGAGUGAAAAUUAUACCAAGGAGAUACCGAAAAGUCGAUAUGAAGUACACAAAGCUCGGUACUCAAGACUUCGAAUUCGAGCAGUACAAUCAAACUUGUUUCGCUGGCCUCGAAGCAACAUUGCCUAAUUCGUAUUGCAAUUCAAUGUUGCAGAUUUUGUAUUUUAUUCAGCCAUUGAGGAAGCGUUUGUUAGCUCAUUCGUGUGUCAAAGAGUUUUGCUUAUCUUGUGAAUUGGGUUACCUAUUUCACAUGCUCGACAAAUCAACAGCUGCAUCACCAUGUCAGGCCAGCAAUUUCCUUCGUUCUUUUCGUACUGUUCCCGAAGCUUCAGCAUUGGGUUUAAUUCUAUCUGACCGUUCGUCGAAUGUUAAUCUUGUUAGUUUAAUCCAGAACUGGAAUCGGUUCAUAUUGCAUCAGAUGCAUUCAGAAAUUCUCGAUUCACAUAAAAACAGUCAUUUGAAUAGCUUACUGUUCCCAGCAACUUAUGAUGAUUAUAAAGCACUAAAUGAAAAAAGCUCAAGAACAACUAAACCGCAAUCCACGCAAGAAACUAGUUUAGAAAAACAACCUGGAGAAUUCACUCAUACAGCAGAUGAAUCGAAAGAAGAAGAACGUGAACGCAGUAAAAUUAAUGAAGAAACCGAUAUCAGUAAACUUUUUGGUACUCGUCAAAUGUGCACAAAUCGAUGUUUUAAAUGUAAUGAAGAGAAAUUCAAGUCAAAUAUACUAUUGGCAUGCGAUAUAUCAUAUCCGUCAAGUAAUAAAGAAUUGGAACACUUUAAUUUUGGUACGAUACUCAAAGGAUCCCUUGGAACCGAAAAGAACAUCCAUGCAUUCUGUGAAAGCUGUAAAAAGUUUUCACCCACAUUUCAAACAGUUAAGGUAACCGGUCUUCCACAAAUCCUUUCCGUAAAUUGUGGUUUAAGCAACGAAAAGGAUUUGUCAUUCCUUAAACGACAACUUAAUCGCAAUUUCGUAUCGACGCCCUCUGAGAGCCCGGCAAUAUUGAAUACCACCAAACCGUGUCGAUAUGGAGUGAAUUGUUCGCGUGGUGAUUGUCAUUUUGUACAUCCAGACAGAAAGUCUCCUUCAAAUGCAACAAACAAUAGUUCCCCGAAUUCUCGACAAAAUUCGUGGUUCCCUUUAAACUUUUCAAUGGCAAUAGACGUAAAUGGCGAGUUAAGUGUUCAGACUGAGAAUAGCAAUACAAAAUCUGAAGAGUCAUACAGUGAAGAUGCCGAUUCUCCUGUAAAACGUACAUCUACUCCAAUUGAUACUCCAAGAAAAAAUGUCAACGAUACUUAUAAGGAAUACUCGCUUAAAGCCGUAGUUUGUCAAAUAGAUGAUGGAACACAGAAGAAUUUAGUGUCUUUGAUUAAUGUGGGCUCCCGUGGAUCCGAUGACCAGAAUCAGUGGUAUAUUUUUAAUGAUUUUAGCAUUUCACCAGUUUCAACGCAAGAGUCUGUUUGGUUUACUUUGGAUUGGAAAGUGCCUUGUGUGCUCUUCUAUAGCAGUGUGAAUACAGAUGAUGAAUUUGAGAGUACCACUGAGGAAACUGAAAAUGAUAAAUCCUUCUUAAAUCCUUUCCUUCAGGACAUGCAUAAUCCAAUCCACCCGUCUGUUAAAAGUGAAACACUCUUCAAGCCUCUGCAACCAAAUGAAAUGCCGCAAGCAGGAGAUCUAGUUGCAAUGGAUGCCGAAUUUGUAACUCUCAAUCCAGAGGAAAAUGAAAUUCGCCCCGAUGGCAAAACAGCAACUAUAAAACCAGUACACAUGAGCGUUGCUAGAAUUUCUUGCAUUAGGGGCCAAGGGCCUGAUGAGGGAGUUCCUUUCAUGGAUGAUUAUAUAUCAACACAAGAAAAAGUUGUCGAUUAUUUAACACAAUUUUCCGGAAUUAAACCUGGCGAUUUGGAUGCGAACUUUAGCAAUAAACGUCUAACAGCUUUGAAGAACUCUUAUCAAAAACUCAAAUAUUUAGUUGACAUAGGAGUUAUAUUUGUUGGUCACGGUUUAAAGAAUGAUUUUAGAGUAAUCAAUAUGAUUGUGCCAUCUGAUCAAAUAAUCGACACAGUACAUUUAUUCUAUUUGCCACACCAUCGAAUGGUGUCCCUGAGGUUUCUAGCUUGGCACUUUUUAGGAACAAAAAUACAAUCAGAAACACACGACUCUGUCGAAGAUGCCCGCACAACUCUGCAACUAUACAAGCACUAUCUUAAGUUACAGGCCGAAAAGAAAUUCACAACAGCCCUUAAAAACUUAUACGAUCGUGGCAAACAAUUAUCUUGGAAAGUACCAGAAGAUUAAAAAAAAAACAACGGCCAACGCUUUUCAAUCCCAACGUUUACGGUUAAUUUUCUUCCAAGGACAUACAUAUAUACAUAUAAGAAACGAGUACAAACAACAAAGCUGAUUUUUUUCGUUCGUUAUUCCACAAUUUUUGAACGUUAUAGUUUUAUACAAAAACAAAAAGUUAAACAAAUAAUUAAAAAAAAAAAAACAUGUAUCAUUGGAAAAGAUAAAACAAAUUUCAAAAAUUUAAAUGAUCCUUUUGUGUUUAGUCGACGCGGUUUAUUUGUUUUUUAAAAAAAGUAUAUUUAUUUUCAUACGGACUUUCCAAUGGAUGCAAAACAAAAAUAAAUAUUUGCAAAAUAUUAAAA